AUGAACGGAAUGCUCAGUGAGGGCUUACCGGUGAUUGCUCAGUGCGAGCUUACCGCUCAGAAGAGAGGCUCAGGUAGAUUCCUAGCAGAGCCAAAGGGCAGAGUAGGGGAUGCUGGAAAACUAAUCCCCUACACAUACCUGCCUUUGGGACCACCCCCAAACCACAGACAUGUAGGAUGCUGGACCGGUCUUACGGCUCUGGUCUUACGUGUAGUUGGUAGAACAGCCCAGAGAAACUGGGCUCUGAGUAGGAGUACUCAGAAUCUCCCGAUAGGGAGUAAACCAAGGUUGCCUACAGCACCUUGUGCAUCAGGCUCAGAGGUGACAGGUAGAGCAGACAUGUCACACAAGCCGAGAGAGAAAUGGGUGGUGGACAGAGAUGAACAAAGUUUUCAUCUCCACAUCCCACCACACAAUUCCUCUGCCUAUUCGCACUCUGGAGAUCUCACUCUCAGAUCUCAAAGCUUUUUAAUACCCGCCUGCCACCCGGGGCUGAGAAGUCCACUUCUCGGGAGCUGUUCUCGGCCAAAGGGAAGAGUAGGGGAUGCUGGAAAACUAAUCCCCUACACAUACCUGCCUUUGGGACCACCCCCAAACCACAGACAUGUAGGAUGCUGGACCGGUCUUACGGCUCUGGUCUUACGUGUAGUUGGUAGAACAGCCCAGAGAAACUGGGCUCUGAGUAGGAGUACUCAGAACCUCCCGAUAGGGAGUAAACCAAGGUUGCCUACAGCACCUUGUGUGAGAGACACUCUACUAGAUAUGGAAUAG